UUUUAUUCAAUAGCCCAAAGUAAACAUUAUCGACUCGCUACACUAAAAAAAAACAAAAAUGGCACACAAAAUAACUCUGCCACUCAUCUUUCUAGCCAUCAUCAUCUGCCUAACCGGAACCCAAGCAGCUAAACGCGUCACGGGCUACAUCAAGAAGUCAUGCGCCACCGUUACGUACCCUUCUUUAUGCGAACAAUCACUUUCACCUUAUGCAAAAACCAUCCAAACCAGCCCAGCCCAAUUAGCCCGUACCGCCUUAACCGUUAGCCUUCAAAGAUCCUUAUCUACACAAGCUUACCUCAACAAGCUCAAAAGGUUCAAAGGUUUGAAGCCACGUGAAAGGUCCGCAAUUGGUGACUGUUUAGAAGAAGUUAGUGACAGUUUGGACCGGGUCAGUAAGUCCAUCCAGGAGCUUAAAAACUGUGACCGGGUUAAGGGUCAGGAGUUCAUUUGGCAUAUGAGUAAUGUUCAGACAUGGGUCAGUUCUGCCCUGACUGAUGAGAAUACUUGUAUGGAUGGGUUUGGUGGCAAGACCAUGGAGGGUAAGAUCAAAACUUCGGUUCGGGCCCAGAUCACAAGCGUUGCACAUGUUACUAGCAAUGCUCUGGCACUAGUCAACAGCUUUGCUCAGAAACAUUAGUUGAUGAUAGGUGGGCUGUACUACUAAUGGUUAAACUUUUUUGUGUCAUAAUUAAGUUAAUAUUGUCUUUGUGAACCCAUGUGGGUCGGGUCAGUUUAAGUUUUAUGGAUAUGAAAGUUGUAUAAAAAUAUAAAUAUAUCUAUUUUUGUCUUUUGCAUA